AUACCAGAGGGCAUUAAUGUAUCUUUAAGGUGGAGCAGAAUUAUGUUGAUUCAUUUUCUCCUCUGGUAUGUUAUCUCUCGCUUCCAAAAUACUCAGUCACUCUGUUAGUCAGACAUCAGCUAGUGUGGAAGCCAGUCAACCAGUCCAUCAUGGCUGUCAACAUCCCAGGAGUUAUAUCUGUGGUGUUUUUCUACCUGCUGGUCCUUGGGACCGGCAUCUGGGCUUCUUUCAAGUCCAAAAGGGAACAGAAGAAAAGUGCAGCAAAAGGAAUGGAUAUGGCCCUGCUGGGAAACCGGAGCAUUAACUGGGUGGUGGGGGUCUUCACAAUGACAGCUACAUGGGUUGGAGGAGGCCUCAUUGUUGGCACAGUUGAGAUGGUGUACACGCCCUCCAUGGGACUAAUCUGGGCAGUCGUGAUGUUGACAGCAUACAGCUCAUCUUUUCUUAUCACUGGCUUGGUGUUUGCCAAGCCAAUGAGAGAAAGAAACUGUGUGACGAUGCUGGACCCUUUCCAUAUGAAGUACGGAAAAGUACUAACAGCUGGACUGAGCCUGGUUUCACUCUUGGUUGAUGUGGUCUGGGUGCCCUCAACACUACUUGGUUUAGGAGGAAUCAUGAGUGUAGUCCUGGAUUUGUCCUUCACUGUGUGCAUCUGGGUCUCUGCUGCAGUGGUCAUUAUCUACACAGUGCUGGGAGGCCUCUACUCUGUGGCCUACACAGAUGUUAUACAGCUUGUCCUCAUAUUCAUCAGCUUGUGGCUCUGUGUUCCCUUUGUCAUGAUGAAUCCUCACACCAUGGACAUUAGCCAGACCGUGAUGAACAACACCUUACAUGCUCCCUGGAUUGGUCAACCAGAGCUGAAAAAGACCUGGAUACUGAUUGAUAACUUCUUAUUCUUUGCUCUGGGGUCUCUGGGGUACCAGUGCUUCCAUCAGAGGACCUUGUCAGCUUCUUCCUUAGCCACAGCCAAGCUCACAUGUGUUACUGCUGCUUUCAUCUUUCCUCUAUUUGGGAUACCUGUUAUACUGCUUGGGGCAGCUGCUUCAUCCACAGACUGGAACAUGACUACCUAUGGUUCUCCAUCUCCAUAUGAGCAUGGGGAAGCAGCUCUCGUUCUGCCCAUCGCCCUGCAGCACCUCACCCCUUUCUUCAUUGCCAUCAUUGGUACUGGAUGUGUGGCUGCUGCUGUGAUGUCAUCAGCUGACUCUGCUUUGCUUUCUGCAGCUUCUGUCUUCACUGCUAACAUCUACAAGAACAUCCUGAGGCCUCAGGCAUCAGACAGAGAGGGUCAGUGGGUAAUCCGUGUUGCUGUGGUGGUCGUGGGCUUGGUUGGCACAUCACUCACCAUACUGAAAAACAGCAUCUUAGUGUUCUGGUUCCUUAGUGGUGAAUUGGCCUACAUUGUAGUCUUCCCUCAACUCGUCUGUGUCCUCUUCUUCAACAUCUCCAAUGGUUAUGGGGCUAUUAUGGGCUGCCUGGUGGGAGUUGUGUUAAGACUGCUCAGUGGAGACCCAUCUCUCGGGUUAGCACCAGUCAUACACUUCCCAGGAUGUACUCUUGAGGAUGGGGUUUAUGUCCAGUACUCUCCAGUCAGGACCAUCUCCAUGCUGUCUGCCAUUGCUGCCAUCUUGUCAUUCUCCUACCUGGCUUCUGUGCUCUUCAACAAAGGCAUGCUUCCUGAGAAGUGGGAUGUGUUCAAAGUGAAGGUCCAGCAAACAGCACAACCACUGACACCAACAGAUGCUGCCGCAGAACAUAACGAGAAUGAGAAACUGAGCAGAGACAACUCUGAGGCCGAGGCAUCAGAGCCAAUGAUGAGCACAAAAUUUACCUUGUGUUUUCAGUAAAAAGGAAAAUCACAGUACAAAUUGACUUUUCUUUGCAAUCAGGUGUCCUUUUUUUGUAAUUGCAAGGCAGGCUCAGUGCUGCUGGGCUGCAUGAUAAUUUGUUUACAUUCCUGCAGUUGCCCACUCUGAGAAAUUGGAGGCAAGUGAAUGUGUAAUGUAUAAUGAAUGUGUAAUAAAUAUUAAAAUGUUA